AGAGUUGAACAUGCAUCAGUUUCUGAAAUAAUCAUUUCAUAAAAGAAUUAGUAUUCAGCUCUACUCGCUGAAUGGCUCGGCAUGCAAGUCAAGAUGCGACUAGCAUGAAGAGAUCAUUCCAUUCUUCCAAUCCAUCUGCUAGAUGAACACCGGUAUAAAAUAUAUGUGCGAUUAAAACCAAAAUAGUCACAAAAUAAAAAUAGGGCAAAGCAAACCAAAUCAUCUUCAAACUCAGAAAUUGAAAACCCCAUAAAAAAAAAGGAAGGCGCCUGAAAUAGGAUCUUGUGUAUCUCAAAUAAAAAACGUUGAGCUCAAAUGAAUGCAUUCUGAUGCAGUUGUUGUUGAUACAGGUUGAGUUCAUCAAGAAAAGUGUUUUUCAAAUGUGUCCCUUAUAGACAUUUCCUUUUCUAGAAAUCUUGAUUAAAUUUUUGAGAAAGACAUCAUAGAGCAGGAAUUGUGAAACGUCUCAUUUUGAAGAGAACGUUCUUCUCAGUCUGCUUAACUAAUGUUAAAUAAGCGUUAUGAUAAUUUUAACUCAUGAAAAUAACUAAAGAGUAAAACUGGUGUCUUCUCGUCUAGGAUUAAAGAAUCCUCUUUAUUUUUUGAUUUUUCCGAGUAAUAGCUGAAAUAAAUUUGAAUACCCCGAAGAGUUUCUGUGAUAUGAGGUACAUAUCGAGAUUUUAUAAAAACAUUUUUAAUGAUAGGAUUUCUCGAAAACUUGAAGCGCAGAGAACCAACUACUUUGGUUUUCGAUAAAAAAAUUUGUAAACCAAACGGCCUUAUAGAGCAAGGAUUCGGAGUAAAAUAAGAUGUCUUUCAGCUAUCUAUGACGUUUUUUCAUCUAACUGCAGUUGAUUAUGAAAGGUCACAAAGGCAUAUUUUUGCUGUUUUCCCGUAGACUUUGGCGAUGUUCACCCUUUGUGGCUUUUCAUAAAUCAGCUGCAAUUCAAUGAAAAAAAGGCCUAAAUGGUUGAGAGACAUCUUAUUUUCCUCAAAACUCUUUGCUCUAUAAGACCGUAUGGUUUACAAAAUUUUUUAUCAAAACCAAAGUGGUUAGCCUUCUGGGCUUCAAGUUCUCUAGAAACCCUAGCAUCAAAUUUAUUUAUAAAAUCUCGAUAUGCAGCUCAUCUCAUAGAAAGAUCUUUGGGCUAUUCAAAUCAGUAUUCAGAUUUAUUCCAGCUAUUACUCCGAAAGACAAAAAUAAAAAAAUAAAGGUUCUUCUUUAAUUAUGGAACGUUCUGUACAUCAUGCAGAAAAUUAUAAUUUACAGUUCUGUCAAAAAAGAAAAGUUACGAAGAGCUAAGAAUAUCUCAUUUUCCAGAGUAUAUCUAAGCUAUCCGACAGCAUGUUUAUCGUAAAAAGAAUUCAUUAGCUGUGCAAGGAAAAGAUGUAACCAUCAAACUUUUAUAUUAAUAUAUCUAUAGUCUAUCCAUAUUUCAUUUAAUUUUAGGGUGGCACACUAAUAAAUUAUCAAGGAAAAUUGCGACUUCUUGAAAUAGCUCAAGUUCCAAAAGAACAUGUUGAUGAAUUUAAAAGUGUAAGCAAAUUUCGAAUAUUCAAUACAAAUAAUCUCUGGAUAAAUUUAUCAGCUAUCAAACGUAUUAUUGAAGAAAAAUCAAUGCAUAUGGAAAUUAUUGUUAAUAAUAAAUCAACGGAUAAAGGUGUUAAUGUGAUACAAUUGGAAACAGCGAGUGGUGCUGCAAUUAAAAAUUUUGAAGGAGCAAUUGGCAUCAAUGUACCGCGAAGAAGAUUUUUACCAGUUAAAACAACGUCUGAUUUAUUAUUAGUUAUGAGUAAUUUGUUUACACUUAAUCGUGGUAAUUUGAUAAUGAAUCCAAAACGAUCCUUUCCAUCGGUACCAUUGGUUAAAUUAGGUAGCAGUUUCACAAAAGUAAGAGUCUAUACAUAG